UGUCUUCCCCAUGUAUGAAUCUUAUAUAUGCUGUUGUUGCAAGCACAUCAGAGCUUAUAUAUUAUUUACCUAAUGCAGGCAUCCCAUCCCCUUGGUACCUAGGAGUUCAUUAUUGAAUAUAGUAACAACUCCAACCUGUUACAAGUCAACUCUCUUUCAUAUUAGAUUAUAUGAUGAAAACAGAGUUAUUGUAGGGAUUAGCAGUUAACUCGUUAAAAAUAGAAUAUGGAGCAAAUAGAGAACAUGGAUAUCACUACUAGAUGUGGAUUAGUGGAGGAUAUGCUGCUCACGUCUAAGGUCCCAUAAGUCUCUUUUUCCCUCCUUUUUAAGUAGACUCCAAUCCCACACCUCAUCCUCAGAAUUUCUGCCCUUCUCUACAAUGGAUUAUCCAGUUUCAUUUGAAAUGAGUGAGUGCUUUUCUCUUGGAGAUCUAGAAAAGCAGAUUUCUGUAGAUCCAAUUUCACUGAAAGAAUCAUCUCACAGAGAAGUGAUUGUUGACCCAGUGGUGGUGAAGCCUGUUGUUACUGCUCCCCCUGUUGUGACAGCUCCAAAAGCCAAUGUACUUGACCAACUGCCACCCCUACUGCCUGCAAAGCCAAAAUUCUUAAGCUUCAGUCUCCCGAACUCAGCAACCUCCUCGCCGCGGUUGAAGAAGAAAUGGAAAGAUGAAAGCCUAGCAUCUCCCCGGCAGCAAAUGGAGAAUCUGACCCACUUGCAACAAGAAAUUCAAUUUAGGAGGAGCAAGUCAUGUGGUCAAGGAAGACCAUAUGCCCCUUCAGAUGACUUUGAUCUUUGGCUGAUCCAACCAAAUGCCACUGAAAAGGUCACCACGCAUUACAGCAGCCUCCCUAGAACUGAGCCCCACAAAGUUGCUCAUAAAAAUGGCAAGAAAAUGGACCCAUGUGAUGAUAAGUUCACAUGUGGAGCCCUGUGCUUGUUCAUUCCAGGCUUUGGCAAGGCAAAGCCAGUGAGAGCAAGGAAGGUAGAACCUGAUGAGCUGGGAAAUGUCAUCUCCAGGACAGUUUCCUUGGAAAAAUUUGAAUGUGGCUCUUGGGCAUCAGCUAUGAUCAAUGAGCAUGAUGAUGACUCUGUUAGUCACUACUUUGAUCUUCCACUGGAGCUAAUACGAAGCAGCAUCAACGACACAGAUUCACCAAUUUCUACAUCUUUUGUGUUUGACACUGAUAGAAAAGGAGUUCUGAAGAAUGGCUCCUCAAGAACACAAGGCCGGAAAUCACAUGAAGCCUCACGCCAUGUUCGGUUUUCGACAUCAUCGUCUCCUACAUCACCGACCGUUUGCGUUACACCUCGACUGCGCAAGGCUAGGAAUGAUUUCAAAGCUUUCUUAGAAGCACAGAGUCGGGUUGGCAUUGGACCCCUGACUGGGCUCGGGUUGGAUUCUGAAGUGGGUUGGGCUGAUUGGAUCCUUCUAUUUGGAAGUUUAGGACUAUGGACGUUCUUUUAGUCAACUGAACAAAAGAGUCAUUCUACAGUGAGGGUGGGCAUAUAUAAUGUCCUCACUACAUAGAAUUCUUGCUGAAGGAAAAGACUGGGUUAACCCCAAAAGAUUGGGCCGAUAGAAACAAAAAAAAUUUGACCCCCAAGCUACCCAAAGCCUUCACUCAAGCAAGGAGGCUAUAAUGAGUUGGUCUUUAAUAGCCAUUCGAUUCAGUGUAGAAUUAUUAUUGAACUGUUAGAUUAAACUCCCUCGUUGUAACCCCUCAAUAUAACCCUUCAUUAUAGAGGCUCCCUCAUUUGAGCCCUAGGCGAUGGACUAGACAAGGUUGCAACAACUCGUUAUGUGGUAUUUGAAUCAUGUCAAUUUGAGUUCUUGUCAAAUAGAAGUCAUCUCUAAU